AUGUACCAGGACAUUUCCCUUCAACACCAGUCAAUCCUGAUGAUAACCCCUCGAAACCGGAACCACGGCGAUCAAGUCGCCAAAAAGACACUUUCCAAAGUUGGCCAGGAAUCAAAGGAUUAUCUUGAUAUCCGAAAACAACGAGCAGAAGCACGAAAAGUCAAAGCCAACACAGUCAACCACAUACUCAACGAGAACUUCGACAAGGGUUUCCAACCAGAACUCCAAGAUGAGUUAGAAACUUUGGAGCAACAGCUACCAGAACUCCUCUCAACAGUCGAACUCGACGACCAAAUUUGCGAACUCUACGCCACAUACAGCAUCCUCGGAUCAACCGAACUGAUAGGAUGCCCUGUCCCUCUAGACCACACAAACGCGAUAUUCCUUGGCAUCGAUGUCCACCGAGAAGGGCUGACAAACAUCUACCUCUCACAGGCUGAUUAUGUUGACAAAAUCCUCCUUCGCAAAGGAUUGUUCGACUGUCAUCCCGUAGACACCCCUUUUGCUAAUACAAGACCUCUUGUUGCAAACAAAGACAAAGCUGAACCCGAAAAGGUUCAUGUCUUCAGACAAGAUAUAGGCGAAUUGAUUUGGUUGGUGGCGAUGACACGACCAGAUCUUGCUUAUGCCGUCAACAAACUAGCCAGAUACGCACACAAUCCUUCCUCAGCACACUUCGCAGCGCUAAAAAGGAUUCAUAAGUACCUCAAAGGCACCCGCAAUCUCAUGAUCAAUUAUGAACCUUCCCAAAACCUACUCACUGGUUGGACGGACGCAGAUUUCAACGGGAAGCAUGCGGAUGACUAUGUCAGCACUUCUGGUUACGUAUUCAAAAUGGCCAACGGCCCAAUUUCGUGGAUCUCUAAACGACAGACAGCGAUCACAAUCUCCACAACAGAAGCAGAAUAUGUUGCAGCAACAGUCGCAACUUCUGAACUUACAUGGAUUCGGAAUUUCCUUGGAGAAAUGGCUCUAUUCGAAGAGUACACAUGUAACCGAGCAACCAUCAUCUAUGAAGACAACAACGGCACUAUUGCACUCACCGAAAACCCAGAAAAUCAUGUCAGCACUAAACACGUCAAGCUUAAGUAUCAUUGGAUCAGACAAGCAGUGUCUGAAGGUAUUUGCAAGCUGGUACACAUCGUAACCACUGAUCAAGUCGCUGAUGGACUUACAAAACCACUCACUGGACCAACGUUUGCCAAAUUUGUCAAAAUGCUGGGAUUAAAGACGGUCCUCAUAGUACGAGAAAAGAACAGCGAUUUGCUUCAUCAGUCACCUCAGAAGGAGGGGGGUACUUGA